AUGGCUCACAAUCCGAGUAUUCAAAGACGGUUGCACACAGAACUGAUAGAAUUCGAAGUCGUUCACGGGCGUAAGCCUACUCUUGAGGACCUCAUCAACUCUUCGCUUCCAUAUCUCGAUGCUGUCAUGCAGGAGGUUAUGAAGACUAAGGCCGUUCCGACAGAUAUCAGUCGCAUUGCCGUGAAGGAUGACAUAAUUCCACUUCAAGUUCCCUUGAAAGGAACCAAUGUAUACGAAGUCAAAGUCCAAGCCGGAACAUUGAUAGACAUCCCUGUGCGGGAUGGGAUUAAUUGCAACCCCUUGAUAUGGGGUGAAGAUGCAGAUGUGUUCAAUCCAGACCAAUGGAUUAAACCUGGCAUGCUUCCAAAGUCCGUGGACUGGGUACGAGCUCAAGGACGUGUUCUUACGUUCGGCGAUGGGUCGAAGGUUUGUCUGGGACAUACAUUCGCAUUGACCGAAUUCAAGAUUGUGGUAUCUACCAUCGUUCGUAAUUUUUCAUUUGCAGAAGCAGAAGGAGUCAUUCUCGAUUUCUACCAUGUCGGGGGUAAUACCAUCAAGCAGAUGAUCCGAGGUCAAGAGAGGGAAGGGGCCCAGCUUCCACUGAAAGUUACCAUUUUUUCGGAGUGA